AAUAUUGAAGUUGGAGGUUAGUCGAUCUGUGGGAGUCGCGGCGAGAGGAGGUGGAGUGUCUGCUCUGGGGAAUGUUUUAGCUCGGGUGCCCUGUAAAUAUGCAGCUGGAGAGCCCCAGCUUGGCUAGACUAGCAGCUGUCGUCGUCAUCAUUGUGUACGCGGUGCAGUGCGCGCGCGGCCUCCAUAUCAAAGGCGUCUGGCGAACUGAUGAGUUUUUUCGCUUCCUUACUAAAUUCGGCUUCCAAAAGACGACCCCGCACGAGAGGGAGCUGACGGAGGGCUUCAUCUUGGGCAAUGUGACGAGCAGUGUGGGGGGCGGGGCAGGGGCCGCGGGGGGCACCCUCGCCCUCUUGCCCCGGCAGUACUUCGUCGACUUCUACAGGAACAGGACCAAGGCGGCCGACGACCCUGACCUGGCCUGCCGCCUUAUGUUCAAGGCUGUGGAAAAAGAGGCAUAUGAUGCACAGUGUCAUGACUCGGGGCGUGAAGAUUUCCUGAGGCGAGUGCCGUGCCCUAAUGGAAGUUUAUGUCCUGACGAGGACAACCCAACAAAUGUAAUACCCAAUAAUCAGCUUACAUAUGCCAUACAAGAUAUCAAUAAUCCAAGGUUUUGGUACCUGAGCUUAGUGGCGUGUAAGAGGAACACAUCGUGUGCAUGGCAGCACGUGUCUACAUCUAUGGAGAUGGAAUACGACUUAAACAUUGUAAAUGGCAAGCCUAAUGCUGCGGACCAUAACCCCUUUGAAUAUCAUUUUUCAUUUGAUAAACAGGACACAGUUGAGAUCUACCUUGUGUGUGUGGUGCUGUAUGGCUGUGUCUUGGUACCUCUUCAAGUUUAUGCAGCAUGUCGACAGAUCCACCCUAUCACUCGUCUGUUUACAGCUACACUUAUAAUGCAGCUGGCGGGUCUCUUAUUUGACACACUGCAUCUUCUGGUGUUCUCAUUUGAUGGUGAAGGAAGCGAAGGAGUCAAUAUUGUAGGGGAUCUUUUCAACAUAUUGGCUCAGUCAUUAUUCAUGAUGCUGCUGCUUCUGUUAGCCAAAGGUUGGGCCAUUACUCGGAUGAUGUUGUCUCGCCGCCUCCUGCUCUUCUCCCUCUGGGGGCUCUACUCCAUUCUUAUACUCACACUCUAUUUCUGGAACAUGAUGGAGGUGGAUGUAAUAGAAGACAUAGAUGAGUACCAGACGUGGCCAGGAUGGUUGACCCUGGCAUUGCGAGUGCUCAUAAUGGUGUGGUUCCUGUUCGAGCUCCGCAACACCAUGACGUACGAGCAUAACUCCAACAAGCUGCACUUCUUCCUGCACUUUGGUGCAGCCUCCUUGGUCUGGUUCAUAUACUUGCCUGUAGUGGCACUCAUUGCACUCCAGAUUUCACCAUUGUGGAGAUAUAAGUUAUUGUUGGGUUUUACGUAUUCGGCGGAUUUGUUGGCCCAUUCCUUCAUGACGUACAUGCUGUGGCCAGAGAGGUCUGAGCAGUAUCUCCUCCUAGCUUAUGAGGCCGAUCUCUCCAAUGAGUUAGACGAGUUCAACGAGGCUCCACACAUCAUUAAUCAUUCAGACUCGGCCCUUCUCACCCCAAUGUUUGAUUGUGACACAGAACCUCUUAAGAUUAACACAUGAACAUUUUAUAGAACAAAAGUGCCAAAGAAGUUAGUGAUUUUUCAUUGAAAAUUAUUAUUUCUAUUCUUUUUGAAGUAAAAUAAAAAAUGUAUAUUAUAGCUUUAUGAUUAUUUUCAGAGAUGCUGUAUAUAUGUAUGUAUAUUUGUAUAUGUAUAUAUAUAUAAAAUUAUA